AUGGGUCGGGGCGACUCGGCGGCGUCGGCGGCGGAGCAGCAGUCGUCGUCGACGACGGCUCCGUUGCUGGAGAAGACGUCGGUGGAGGCGGAGGCGUCGGAGGCGGGCGGCGGGUACUACUACGUGGAGGGGUGCCCAGGGUGCGCCGUGGACCGGCACAAGGCGGCGAACCCGGGCAUCCCCUACGCCAACUUCAUCUACGUCUGGAUCGUCACGCUCUGCACAGCUUUACCGAUAUCAUCGCUAUUUCCCUUCUUGUAUUUUAUGAUAAGAGAUCUGGGGGUUGCUAAAAGAACAGAAGAUAUCGGGUUCUACGCUGGUUUCGUAGGUGCCUCAUUUAUGUUUGGUAGAUGCUUGACUUCAACAGCCUGGGGUAUAGCAGCUGACCGUAUCGGGAGGAAACCUGUUGUCGUGUUUGGCAUUUCCUCUGUGGUUGUGUUCAAUACAUUGUUUGGUCUGAGUGUCAACUAUUGGAUGGCAAUAGCUACGCGAUUUCUGCUUGGUGCUUUAAAUGGUUUGCUUGGACCAAUAAAGGCUUAUGCCAUUGAAGUUUGCCGACCUGAACAUGAAGCGUUAGCACUAUCACUUGUCAGCACAGCAUGGGGAAUAGGUCUCAUUAUUGGUCCUGCUCUUGGAGGUUAUCUUGCACAGCCUGCAGAAAAUUUUCCAACUGUCUUUUCAACUGACUCAAUCUUUGGAAGAUUCCCAUAUUUCUUACCAUGCUUAUGCACAUCAAUCUUUGCUGCUGUUGUUCUCUUAAGCUGCAUAUGGAUGCCGGAGACUUUGCACAAGCACAAAGUUCAUGAAAAUAGAAGUCAGAACAUUGAAGCUUUGGAGGCCCAUCUGAUUGAUUCAAAAGAAAAGGUUGAAGAAAGUGGUAGUUCAGAUACUAAGAAGAGCCUAUUCAGGAAUUGGCCAUUGAUGUCAUCAAUAAUUGUGUAUUGCAUCUUCUCCUUCCAUGACAUGGCUUACACAGAGGUGUUCUCUCUAUGGGCUGAAAGUGACAAGAAGUAUGGUGGACUGAGUUUAUCAUCUGAGGAUGUUGGUCAAGUUCUUGCAAUCUCAGGUGCCAGUCUUCUUGUAUAUCAACUCUUUCUAUAUCCUAGUAUCAAUAAGGUUCUUGGGCCUAUCAAAUCUUCUCGAAUUGCAGCUAUCCUGUGCAUACCUAUCCUCUUUGCCUACCCCUACAUGACAUACCUGUCAGACCCUGGAUUAUCAAUCAUUUUGAAUAUUGCGUCAGUGAUAAAGAAUAAUCUUGCUGUUACCAUCAUUACAGGCACUUUCAUCCUUCAAAAUAAUGCUGUGCCUCAGGACCAAAGAGGAGCUGCAAAUGGACUGUCCAUGACAGGGAUGUCCUUUUUCAAGGCACUUGCUCCAGCAGGAGCUGGCAUUGUGUUCUCAUGGGCACAGAAACGCCAGCAUGCCUUUUUCUUUCCAGGUGAUCAGAUGGUAUUCUUCCUCCUGAACGUCAUCGAGCUGCAUGUUGUCGGAGCCGAUGGUGGUGGCGAUGGAGGCGACCCCCUGCUUCACCUGGUCGGCGUGACAGCAACCGGCGGCCGACGACGAGGUGUUGGGAAGAGUAGCAAGGCAAGAGCGGCAGGUGAAGCUGAGGGCAGCAACAGCCUUGCUAGGCAGAGACGUCAGAUUGACAAGUCUCUUUUGAUCAAGAGCACUGUCUCAUUCAAGACAGGAGGACGGGAAAGGAAAUUAGAAUUGGCAUUAGGCAUGGUGGAUUAUGGUACCUGGACGGGAAGGAAAAUGGAGUCUAAGCCUUACUAUGGGGAGAAGACUGAUUUGAGCUCCUUGUUUGAGCUUGGUGAACCAAGCAUGAGUGUGUAUGAACAAGAGGGGAUGGAUGGCAUAGAUGUAGUACAAGAUAAUGAAGGGCGCAAGAUUUUGGUGUUGGCUGUGUAUGUGGAUGGUAUUAUCAUUACUGAUGAUGAUGAAAAAGAGAUCAUACGACUCCAGAAAAAUCUAAGUAAGGAAUUUGAGGUCAAGGACCUCGGGAAACUCAGGUACUUUCUUGGCAUUGAGAUUGCACGAAAUCCAAAAGGUAUUGUUCUUUCACAAAGAAAGUAUAUUCUAAACUUACUAAGUGAGACAGGCAUGCUUGGAUGUCGACCAGUAUCAACACCGAUUGAUUUAAAUCACAAGUUAUGUGCCGAAUCAGGUAAUCCAGUAAAUAAAGAAAGGUACCAAAGGCUUGUUGGGCGCCUUAUCUAUUUGUGCUAUACGAGGCCUAACAUAUCCUAUGCAAUGAGUGUUGUGAGCCGGUAUAUGCAUGACCCAAGAAGUGGUCAUUUGGAUGCUGUUUACCGAAUCAUAAGAUAUUUGAAGAAUAGUCCGGGAAAGGGGCUCCUGUUUAAGAGUCACGGUCACCUAAAUGUGGAAGGCUAUUGCGAUGCUGAUUGA